GGACCCUUGCAAAACUUUGUCUUGCUUUGCUAUUCAAAGCGCCCUUCUAAAGUCGCAGCGCCACAAAUCGAUACGAAACCGGAGUAAUGGAGUGACUCAGGCACCUGCUCAGCUAAGGAAGCUGGUCCAGGGUGCGUGUUGUUAGUAAACUCAGUAGCGGUCUCAGAAACUUGCCGGGCUGCGCCAUCAGUUGAUGCAGCCCCGCCUGUACCCUGCCUGGAGACAGCAGCCAGGGGUAAUGCGGCCGCACGGCUCCCCGCCACCCCGCCACCCCGCCAACCUGUCUAUUGUUGCCAUAGCAUGCAACGCCGGUGGCCCUCCCGUGUGCCCACGGUGCUUGGUGCCGCAGCUGCUGGAGGUCGCGGCGCGCGCGAACGCGGAGUUGUUGUGGGCGCUCUGGGCGAAACCCUUCUAGUGUGCUGACCUAAUUUGGCGGCGUGUUAGUGCGUGUGUGCUCGUGCGCUGGCUCCCGUGUGACAGCUAGUCUGCUUUGUUGUGGAGGUCGGUUCGCUGCUGCUUAUGUGCCCCGGAUUGCGGAAGGCCCGUGCCCCGGUUUGCUGCGGGCUGGUGCGUGUGUGACUGCGCGUGAUCGUGCGCCUGCGGUGGUUCCCGUGUAGUCGCUGGCCUGUUUUGUUGCUGGGCCAGAACGCGCGGCCACUUGCAUCGGCGUGCGUGCGUGGCGGUCGGGUAACCGCUGCCUUUGUUCCCUGGCCUGCUUGAGACCCGGGGCCCGGUUUGCACUGUGUUGGUGCGGGGCUGCCUGCGGGACUGCCCUGUGUUGGUGCGGGACUGCCCAGGGGCAUGUCCAGUAUGACUGCAGCAGACACGGCACAGUGCUCGAGCAGCGGCCCUGCCGAUGUCCACAGUGCAUACGGUACGCAACUCUGAGCAAACCGUCGC